AUGAGAGUGUUUGUUCAUUUUGGUUUCCUUUUGAGUCUCUCAAUUUUUCUCAUCAAUGUUCAAGCUGAUCAAAAGCAAAAAAGAGUGAAAAGACAAUUCUCAAUCGACGAUCUCAUCCACAAAGCUCUUUCCCUCGUUCGACCGAUCUUUGACACUUCACAACCAAUACAAAAUGAUGCAAUGAUCAAUAAUGAAUUUAAUGACGGUGGAAUGAGACAGGAAAAUGUUCUCGGCGCUCGUCCGAUUUCAAUUCUUGACAACAUUCCGUUAUGUAAAGGGAAUUCAAGAAUUUGUCAAUUCAUCUCUUGUCAAGCAGAAAACUUUAAAAAAGAUGAAAAUUUCGCAAAUCUCAACCUAGCUGCUCAAGUUUUAGCUGAUAAAAAGCUAAGGAAAGCGGUUGGCAGUAAUCCUGAUGCGAUCAAUGCUGUUUGCACUGAGCAAGGAAUGUCAGAUAGUCAAUGUAAACUCUUCUCUAAAGGUUUUCAAAUUGUUGAUAGAUUUAUCACGACAGUUGAGGGUGAAAGCCCUCAACCACCGCCAUUGCCUGAAGAGGAAAAAUUAGAGGAACAAAUCACUCGGGAAACUCCAAAGCCAACAACGACGACAACAACUCAACAAUCAGCAAUCAUUCAACAAUUUGAUGACGAAUUGGUGCUGACGUCAAACCAUCACACAACGCAACAACCACUGCGUGUCACUCCUCCAAUUGGUCCUCCAAAAUUACCCCUACAAGACGAUCCACUAAACGGACCGCAACGAGUGAGAAUCGAGAUGGGAUCAAGGCAAUUCUAUGAUGAUUUGAUCUCAUCUGAGACUGGAAAUCUGGAUUCAUUUGGGCGACAACCAAGGAAAUUAAUGGGAUCAAAGACUUGGUCGAGUCAACCGAUGAGCAACUCGAUUGAGCCGGAUCCGAUCCCCAUCUCGCCAAUCAUGCCAUUCCAUGGAUCUCCAUCAGCAAUCGCUCCUCCAAUCUCUCCUCCAUUCUCUCCACCCGGUCACUUCCUCUUCCCAGCCAUCCCUCAACCACAAUUCCCAUCACUACCGACUCUUCCUCCUCUCUCACUACCCACUUUCUCAUUUCCAGCCUUCCCAACUCCAACUCCUUUACAACCACUCCUUCCUAUUCUAUCAAUACAACCAUUAAAGGCACCAGGAUUGACUUUGGAGAAGCCAAUUGUACAGUUCAGUAAAGACUCAUAUGCUGAAGUGUUUCGUCAAAGUGGAGAGAAGUUCAGAAGGAUUAGACAGAUCAAUGAUGAAACUGAUCUCGAUUUUGACGAUGUUCAAUGGACGAAUCGACGCGUGAAAAGGGAUUAUUAUGAGGAUUUGAGUCAAGCUCGUCGUAACCUUGGACUUGGUGGUAUUCACAAAAUCGAGCCAGAGAACGAGAAUCCCGAGGUGAUUUUGGGAGAGAAGAGCGAAGGAGAUGAUUAUUAUACACAAACGAAUGAAGAAACGAAUAAAAAGAAAGUCAUCAACAAAGGAAGGGACUGUUUAGCGUUACUUGGU